CGGCCUCUCCAGGGUCCAGCAGCUGACCGCGCAGUCCAUCAUCCUCCUCCAGGCCAAGAAGAGGGACCGCCGGCCUCCUCCUUGGGGGAGGGAUCUCCUCCAUCCCUCAUCCCCCAUCCCCCAACCACCAGCUUCGUCCAAGCCCCCCAAGCCCCCUCCACCAUGUCCGGGGAGGGAAAGGGCCGGAGCGGCCGUGGAGUUGGUGCGGGCCCUCUGCGGUGACCCGAGGUCCUGUCCGCGGGGGAUUCCGGCCUGGGGGGGCUCGCAGCCGGGCUCCGGAGCCAGGCCUCGGGAAGACCCAGUGAACAUGGUUCUGGUCAGCAGCGGGAUGGAGGCAGCCGGCAAACCUUCCCUCGCUGCCCCGGCCACCUGGCUCCCCUUCCAGGACUUCAGCCACCCCGACCCCUCCGGGCCCCCGCCGGGCCGGGCCGAGCCCACCCUCCCCCGGGGCCUCGGCGGGACCCGGGGGAACGGGACGGACUCCCGCUACGAGCCCGCCCCGGCGGAGAUCGUGGCCGCCAGCCUGGCCUUUGGUGCCCUGUGGCUCCUCUCCGUCUUUGGGAACGCCCUGGUGUGCCUGGUCAUCUACAGGAGCCGCCGGGCCCAGUCCACCACCAACUACUUCGUGGUCUCCCUGGCGUGCGCCGACCUCCUCAUCAGCGUGACCAGCGCUCCCUUCGCCCUAUUGCAGGUGACCUCGGGCCGCUGGGCCCUGGGCGGUGCCACGUGCAAGCUGGUGCGCUACUUCCAAUACCUCAUCCCCGGCGUCCAGAUCUACGUGCUGCUCUCCAUCUGCAUCGACAGAUUCUACACCAUCGUCUACCCGCUGAGCUUCAAGGUGUCGCGGGAGAAGGCCAAGAAGAUGAUCGCCGCCUCCUGGAUCCUGUUCGCAGCCUUCGUGUCCCCGGCCCUGUUCUUCUACGGCUCCGGCUGGGAUGGCCACUGCAACUUCUUCCCACCCUCCUCGUGGGACGGGGCCGUCUACAGCACAGUCCAUCUGCUGGUGGGCUUCCUGAUCCCUUCCGCCCUCAUCAUCCUCUUCUACCAGAAGGUCAUCAAGUACAUCUGGAGGGUGGGGACGGACGGGCGGACCGUCAGGAGGACGAUGAACGUGGUCCCGCGGACCAAGGUCCGGACCAUCAAGAUGUUUCUGAUGCUCAACCUCGUGUUUCUCCUCUCCUGGCUGCCCUUCUACGUGGCCCAGCUGUGGCACCCUCAGGAGGCGGACCGCCGGAGGAGCGCCUCGGUCUUCACGGCCGUCACCUGGCUCUCCUUCAGCUCUUCGGCGUCCAAGCCGACCCUCUACUCCGUGUACAACUCCAACUUCCGCCGAGGGAUCAAGGAGACCUUCUGCAUGUCCUCCAUGAAGUGUUAUCGGAGCAACGCCUAUACCAUCACCACCAGCUCCCGGAUGGCCAAGAAGAAUUACGUGGGCAUCUCUGAAGCCCCCGCCGUGGCCAAGGCCUCCACUAAAGACUCCAUCUAUGACUCUUUUGACCGAGAGGCCAGGGAAAAAAAGCUCGCCUGGCCCAUCCACUCUAACCCCCCGAAUACUUUUGUCUAAUUCCUCGGGUGGUCGGGUGUCAGUGGCAGGGCAGCGUCCGCAGGCUGUUGUUAUGCCAGAAGCUGCUGAACUCUUUUCGGACAAAUGGAUUUGAACAUAUUUUUGCAUACAACUUUUGGGGAGAGAAAAAAAGGUUUAUUUUGAUAACAUGCAUCGAUUUGGUUGUAAAGGGAUUUUUUUUUAGUUGGUUUUGUCUGGUUUUUUUGGAUCAGUUACCCUAAAAUUUGGUGUUUCUGUCUUUUGCUACGAUAUCAGUGGUGUAGAAAUAAAAAAAGACAUGGAUUUCCUA